AUGCCCAACACCAAAACCAUCCACGUCCCCCACCUAGGCGGCAUCGACGCCGCCUACCAGAUGCCCCAGCCCUACGACGCUUCCAAGCCAACCCUCGUCCUCGUCAACUCAUACACCACCUCCUCCGAACUCUACCGGAGCCAGUUCGCCAACAAGGACCUCACCAGCAAGAUGAACCUCCUGGCCAUCGAGCUCCUCGGCCACGGCCAGACCCGCACCAUAGGCGAGCAUUUCACCUACUGGGACACCGCCAUCAUGAACCUGCAGGUAUUGGACACCCUGGGGGUCCCAAAGGCAUUCGUGCUCGGCACCAGCCAGGGCGGCUGGAUCACGGGGCGCAAUCCCCAUUGA